UCAAGUCGAAGGACUCGAGGCUCGACAACUGCUACCAUAAAAGAAUCGAAUCGAUCAAACCCAUCUACCAAUCUAAUCUAAUUUAAUCCUGUUCACAACCCGACUCUUCGCACUGGAAAAGCUUUCAACAUCCCAGCAUUAAAAAGGCGCUCAGCUUUCACUAUCUGAAGGCUUCCUCUACACCGACCUUGUUCAAAACUUCAAUCACUUUAUCUCGAUUGUCAAUAGCAUUCAUCACCUUAUCAAUCGUACAUUUCUCAUUUUCUUAUGGAUCUUGCCGCACCCCGAAGACACGCUUUUCCAGUCCUGAAUGAUCAAUUUUUUGUGGAUGAGGACUAUGAAUUCAUCAAGGAGUUAGGACAAGGUGCAUAUGGCGUAGUAUGCGCCGCGAAGAGCAAAAGGACGGGUGAGAGUGUGGCGAUCAAGAAAGUCACCAAGAUUUUUACCAAGAAGAUAUUGACCAAACGGGCCCUGAGAGAACUCAAGCUCCUUCACCAUUUCCGUGGCCACAAAAAUAUCACUUGCUUGUAUGACAUGGACAUCAUCAGUCCUGACACAUUCACUGAGGUCUAUCUCUAUGAGGAACUCAUGGAAGCCGAUCUUCAUGCAAUCAUCCGAUCAGGCCAACCGCUCUCCGAUGCACACUUUCAAUCCUUCAUCUACCAAACACUGUGCGGUUUGAAAUACAUCCAUUCAGCAUCAGUUUUACAUCGGGAUCUCAAACCUGGCAAUUUGCUUGUCAACGCAGAUUGUGAACUGAAAAUAUGCGACUUUGGCUUAGCAAGAGGGUUCGAGACCGAUCCGGCACUUGCUCAGGCAUCUAAUCAAGGCUUCAUGACCGAGUAUGUUGCAACUCGGUGGUAUCGAGCCCCCGAAAUCAUGCUCAGCUUUCAGAACUACACAACUGCCAUUGAUAUGUGGUCCGUGGGAUGCAUUCUGGCUGAACUUCUUGGUGGAAGACCGAUCUUCAAGGGCAGAGAUUACGUUGACCAGCUAAAUCAGAUUCUACACUACCUUGGAACACCUUCUGAACAAACACUUCGUCGGGUUGGGUCUCCUAGGGCUCAAGACUACAUCCGAUCAUUACCUCACAAGCCCGGAGUACCAUUCGACCAACUUUACCCCAAUGCCAACCCACUAGCACUUGAUUUACUCAGCAAGUUACUUUCAUUUGACCCUUCGGAGCGGAUCACCUGCAACGAAGCUCUUCGACACCCAUACCUUGCUGUAUGGCACGACCCGGCAGAUGAGAUUGACUGCCAAGAGAGAUUCGAUUUCGGUUUUGAGGCAGAAGACUCAACAGAAGGCAUGAAACGAUUAAUUGUUGAGGAAGUAACAAGUUUCCGUCGAAUGGUCCGGCCCAAUGCUACCUCACGACAGAAUAGCGGACAAGGAGAGCAGAUCAGGAGAGAAGCACUUCCUAUCCCUUCGAGAGAAGUAGUGAUGGGUUCUCCAACUACACAAGAUGCCCCUCAAGAUGGUGGAACUUCAUCUGCCACCGCAGCAUUGAAUGGGGCUGUCAACACAAGCCCGGUAGAUGAUAACCCAGCAGAGGAUUUAGAUGCAGAGCUAGUGGCUAGGGAUCGAGCAGCCAAUUAAGCCAGUCUCUAUCUCUUUCUAAUUCCUUGGUGUAUUCGUUACUUUUCCUUUCCUAAAUCACAGUUCUCUCACAUCAAUUUGAUAUCAUAGUUUCCAGCGUGUUUUUGAUUCUUUCUUUCAACUAAAUGCGCCUCUUGGGAACAUUUUUCUUUCUCUUAUGAUCAUCAUUUAGUUUUGAACUUUUCAUCCUUGAUUCCGUUCAUUUUCUGGUUGUCUCUUAGAGAUACCUGAUCAUAGAUGAGGUGUGAUGGUUUUGUUGUUCGAGCUGUAUGUGUGUGUUUUCUCCCUUGUUUAAAAAUUGUAUAAAAAUAUAAGAAACAGAAAUGAAAAGAAACGAUUGAGCAAAGUGUUUUAGAGUUACAAAAGCU